CCUCCGACGGGAACUAAAACACACAUUUGUAGCUGUAACUGAAGUGUAAUGUUGUUUUAUCGAAUUGGAGCCGCGCCACUGUGACCUCCUUUACGGUAUCUCUAACCGCCUCACGGCUAACGGGUACUUUUUUGAGUAAUUAGCAUAACAGUCAACUAGCCUAGUCACUGGCGCUGCAGGCGUUUGUCAGCCUCAUCAUCUGCACCUGCGCUGGAGGCUCCGGACGCCGUUUCUGUUCCCCUGCGCACUGGAGGCAGUUGCUAACGCAGCCCAGUCAUCUCCAGUUGAUCUUUACAGCAGCGAUAAACGGGAAGCAGGGAAGGCUGCGCCCCAGAGGAAGCGAAUAAUUGGUAACAGCAAUAGGAAGGCACCAUGAUUCAGGAAACUUUUUCACACACCAUGGAUAUCUAUCAUUAUCUUGUGGCAGGAAUCGAUCCACGACUGAAAAGUUAUCCACUAAUGCAGAGUCCCAUUUCGAUGUCUGCAAUAUUGCUGUGCUACCUAUUCUUUGUACUGUACCUGGGACCUCGCUUUAUGGCCAAGCGUAAACCCUUCCAGCUAAAAGAAGCCAUGAUAGUCUACAAUUUCAUGCUAGUGGUGCUGUCCAUAUACAUUGUCUAUGAAUUCUUGAUGUCUGGUUGGGCCACAACGUAUACCUGGCGUUGCGAUGCAAUUGAUACUUCAAACAGCCCUCAAGCGCUACGAAUGGUCCAAGUGGCCUGGCUGUUCUGGUUCUCAAAGAUUAUUGAGCUCAUGGACACGAUUUUUUUUGUGUUGAGGAAAAAACAUGGCCAGAUCACAUUCCUACACAUCUUCCACCAUUCUUUUAUGCCCUGGACCUGGUGGUGGGGAGUCAGCUAUGCACCUGGUGGAAUGGGAUCUUUCCAUGCCAUGGUAAACUCCACCGUCCACAUCAUCAUGUAUUUCUAUUAUGGGCUUGCUGCUGCUGGACCACGUUUCCAGAAGUUCUUGUGGUGGAAGAAAUACAUGACUGCCAUUCAGCUGACCCAGUUUGUCCUGGUUUCUCUCCAUGCCACUCAGUAUUACUUUAUGGACAGGUGUGACUAUCAGUUCCCUCUGGUCAUCCACCUCGUCUGGAUGUAUGGAACCUUCUUUUUCGUGCUCUUUUCCAACUUCUGGUUCCAGGCGUAUGUGAAGGGUAAGCGCUUGCCCAAGCAAGAUGUUAAGCAGUGCCAGAACGGCACAGCUGUAUAUGCUAAUGGUAAACUCCAUGAGAACGGGAAUGGUAUCAACCACGUGGCUGACGCCACCACCACAACCAGCAAUGGCUCUGCUCACCAUGAGAAUGGCAGCGCUUACUUAGGCAAGAUGAAAAAGGCUUAGGAGCUCUUGAAGGAAACACCCAAGAAGUAUGACCCAACGAACCUGUUAGAAUGGCUACGGAUUCCAAAGAUAAUUUUGGCUGUGUUUCUUUUCCUCGUUUCAGUUUUAUACACAAAAUAUGGGGAAAUGACGUGGUUCGUGCUUUCCACAGAUGGGAUCCCACAUUUUGUGUUUUUUGUUUUCUUUGAGUUGGGGAACCAUCUAAGGAACACAAUAUAUGAAGAGAAGAUGUUUAGACCAAAAAUGUUGUCUUCACUGAUAUUGCAAACAGCCUUCUAGUUGAGUAUCACUAGUGGCCUUUCACCCUACUUGCCUUCACUACUUGUCUGACCCCCCCGUGGACAGAUGACUGUACAGUUUCAAACUUGAAAAUACUUCUGUAAAUAGUUUUGCAAAAAUAACACAUCGUAUUGGUAUGUCUUAGAUUUCCUAAAUUUUGUUACAGUAUGUAUUUAAAAAUUAAAAUGCCAAUAAAUUCCACUUUAAAUUAUUA